UUUUUGUGACAACACAAUACAAGUGAGUGAGUCUCUUUGAAAUUAAAGAGGUCAGAGUUUCAUUUCAGCUCCCUUGGAACAAUAACAAAAACACAAAGGUAAAAUUGCAGUGUAGCACUAGCUAGGGUUUCCGAACAACGAAUCAUCAUCCUUCAAUGGCGAUGGCUGCUGCUCUUCGACGCGAGGGGAAGCGUUUGGCUCCUCUCAUCUCUCCCCUACCAAUCCGAUCCUCUCCCAUUUCUCCAGACCAAACCCUCAAUGGAUUCCGCUCCAUUUCAACUCAAAUUGUUCGAAACCGGAUGAAGAGUGUCAAGAAUAUCCAGAAAAUCACCAAGGCCAUGAAGAUGGUUGCCGCGUCUAAGCUACGCGCUGUUCAAACCAGAGCUGAAAAUUCACGUGGGUUGUGGCAGCCCUUCACGGCCCUUCUGGGUGAUGCUACAAGUGUUGACGUCAAGAAGAACGUCAUUGUUACCGUUUCAUCUGACAAAGGUCUUUGCGGUGGAAUCAAUUCCACAUCCGUGAAGAUAAGCAGGGCUUUAAGCAAAUUGAAUGCGGGGCCUGAUAAAGAGACAAAGUAUGUCAUAUUGGGCGAGAAAGCUAAAGCUCAGCUGAUUCGUGACUCCAAGCAAGACAUUCUGCUCUCAUUAACUGAGUUGCAGAAAAAUCCUCUGAAUUACACUCAGGUGUCAGUCUUGGCAGAUGACAUUCUAAAGAAUGUUGAGUUCGAUGCAUUGAGGAUCGUGUUCAACAAAUUUCAUUCAGUUGUACAGUUUUAUCCAACUGUGUCAACUGUACUAUCUCCUGAGAUUGUCGAGAGAGAGACUGAAUCUGGAGGAAUGCUUGGGGAAUUGGAUUCAUAUGAGAUUGAAGGUGGUGAUUCAAAAUCAGAAAUUCUUCAGAAUCUGUCUGAGUUCCAGUUUUCUUGUGUCAUGUUCAAUGCGGUGUUGGAGAAUGCUUGCAGUGAGCAAGGAGCAAGGAUGUCUGCUAUGGACAGCUCUAGCAGGAAUGCUGGGGAUAUGCUUGAUCGUCUGACCCUCACCUAUAACAGAACUCGUCAAGCAUCAAUUACCACUGAAUUGAUUGAGAUUAUCUCUGGAGCUUCAGCGCUGGAAGGUUAAUUGCGGUGAAGCAAUCUGUAUUAUAUUUAACGAUGACGAUAUUAAGAUAAUAUCAGUGGGUUCUUUUGAAAUUGCUGGUUCAACAUUUUUUUUAAUCUUACGAGACUUCUGUAAUAAUUGUCCCAAUAUAAGUCCUGUGUUGGGGAUUUCCUGGCCGACCAGAUUUUUCUGGAAUUAUGGUUUUUGAUGUUGAGAUGGAGUCUCUUUUUUAACCCGAAUGACUCAUAAGAUUUUUCAUUUUCUAAUAAUGAUUGGCCUUCGUUUCUCGCA